AGAACUCCGUAUACCGCAUGCGCGAAAUUUUUGACAUCACUACAGCUUCCAGUUGCCGUCAGUCCGCUUGGAGCCAUCCCCUGGAGCCCCUAUCUCUGUCCUCUAACCCGACGCUGGUGGAUUGUCGAAAAAAAAAAAACAAACUGUCACAACUGGAUCAUAAAAGUGAGUCGGGCAGGCGUGCCAGCGUCUGCUGUACCCUGUCGACCAAACCUGCAAACAUAUUCACCGCGGUGAACAACUUCUUCGCUGAUUCGCCCCUGGUGAAUCAGCUCAAAGUCAUCAUGACGAGGCAAGUAAAUAGCAGCGGCGAGCCCGGACCUCCUGACGAAGCCGCACGUCCGGACACAAGAAGUCCGCCGGCUGUCGCCCUCAGCUCUUCAGAGAGCCAAUUUUCUCAACGCUCGAUCAGUCCACCAAGAUCUCAGCAUCAAGUCAGUUUCUUGAAGCCGGCGGCGGACACUAACCUCGACAGGAAGGCGUCAAUAGUAGAUGAGACCACCGGCAUUUCACGGACGCAGAUGAAAGAGUUCCGUGAGGCGUUCCGUCUGUUCGACAAGGAUGGAGACGGCACGAUCACUAAGGAGGAACUAGGCCGCGUUAUGCGCAGCCUGGGACAGUUCGCGAGGGUCGAGGAGCUACACGACAUGCUUCAGGAGGUCGACAGUGAUGGCGACGGAAACGUAAGCUUCGAGGAGUUCGUGAACAUCCUGUCGAAGUCGAUGUGCGCGGGCGGCGGCAGCAGCAGCGCGGAGCAGGAGGAGCGCGAGCUGCGCGACGCAUUCCGCGUCUUCGACAAACACAACCGCGGCUACAUCUGCGCCUCCGACCUGCGCGCCGUGCUGCAGUGCCUCGGAGAGGACCUCUCAGAAGAGGAGAUUGAAGACAUGAUAAAGGAAGUGGACUCGGAUGGAGACGGUCGUAUUGAUUUUCUGGAGUUCGUGAGAGCUCUCGGCGAGCCCGAGGAUGCAUGCGAUGACGAAGACGACGAGGACAAUACAGAUGGUCCUGACGGACUCGUGCAGAGAACUGUCACCGCGGUUUAAAGUUACCUACAUUUCAUAACCUCAAAGCGUAUUCCACUAAGCUUAACUUUGUCAGAGCGCACGAUAUGUUUAUGGAAUUCACAUAUCACUAUUCACUAAACUGAAACGUUUUUUCAAUCAGCUAAAUAGCGUCAUAAAAUCAAAAUUUGUAUCUUAAAACUUAGUGAAAUUUUAGGCAUUUUUAUUGGUGUGAGGUACUUAAUAAUCCAUGCAUAUCAGUAUUAACAUUUAAAUUUUCUUUUAAAUAUCAUUCUUAGUGUUAGGAAUGCGAACGUCUUCGAUUUAUUAAAAAAUAAACUCACUUAUAUGAAUUGUAGAUAUUUUUAUCGUAAUAAUGACGUUUUUCUUAAAAAUUUAGUGAAGAUAUAAAUUCUUCGAGCAGUUAACCUAA